AUGGGGAUAACAGAAUUUGAUUUGCAACCUCUUAAAUAAAUCAAAGUGCCAGCUGAGUAUGAGAACGAUGUAUAAUUUUACACUGAAGCAAUAAUGAAGCAGCAUGAAAAAAAGAGACAAAGAUUAUUAAUCGAAUACAAUGAAUUAUUAAAUUUCAAAUAAGUUGAAAGCCCUAAAGACCCAAAAUCUACUGUUUAAUUUGAGAAAUAAUUGGAUGUUGAGAAUUCUAAAAUAAACGAAAAGUUGAUUAAGGUAAAAAAGAUAUCUUAAGAGCUACGUGAACAAUAAUUGUUAUUAUACUCUCAAAAAGAAUAAUUAAUAGAAUCUCGUCGAAAAUAAAUUAGUAGUGAAAGAGAGUUUAGAGCAUACCAAAAAGAAAUUUUAGAAACAUCUCGAAUGGAAUAAGUUUAUCGAAAUAGAGCGAAGAUAUAAAGAUUGGAAUAAGACAAAUAACAAAAGCGCAAAAUGAGUUAUGAUGCCAGAUUAUAAAAGCUAAAAUCUAGGCUUUACGAAACUAUUGCUCGACAUUAAAAAAGUGUUGAGGAUAGAAAAUUAUAAGAUAAGGAAAGGCUAAGAAAACUAGAAGAAAGUUUAGAAAAAGCCAAUUCAAAGAAAUCCUCAAAUAUCAUAGAAAUAAAAAGAAAAGGUUUGCUUGAAAAACUAAAACUUGAAGAUGUACUUUUUAAUAGAGAAAGAUAAUGGCAUGCAAAAUAAAGUCGAUUGCUGGAAAAGCUGCAAAUAAAAACUGAGGUAGUGAGACUUAAUUAGAGUGAACCUAAAAAAAAGCCAUAUCCCUUUCCAAAAUUUCUCUCUCACAAGGAUCAAAGAAAAGAAAAUUCUAUUUAUAUAACUCGUUUUGCCUCUGAAAUUGUAGAUUCAAGACUAAACUACUAGAGUUGUGCUCGGCCUAAGACAAAGUACAAACAGAUUAAUUUGUUAAAACUAAUUAUUUGUUUUUAUAUAACUGAUAUGGAUUAUCUCACAUAAGAUGAAGUAGGAGGUAUUGUUGCCAAAGGUCUAGCAGCUCUUUAUUUAGAAAGGCCUUAAUUUCCUAUUGAUUAUCUUGCCAAAUGGCUUCUCACUUACUCAGAAUUGCUUAAGAAAUAAAAGACAAGAGAAGAUAGAUAACAUGUGAAAGAAACAAAGAUUAAGGAAUUUAAAGUUCUAACGGAACAAUUAGCAUAUCUAUAAGAAGAGAGCCUAAGGCUUGAAAAUUAGUAAAAGGAGAAACAUGAAUAAUUUUUGGAAUCAAUUAAAUAGGCAAAAUAUCAUGAUGAAUUCUUAGGUGAUGUAUUUUGCGAUUAUGUGGCAAAGCGAUUUAGAGUGAAUUCUUAUGUUUGCGAACUUGAUUUUCCAAAAAAGGAGAUUGAUUUAAAUUAGGAAGAUGAUGAAAAUGCUCACAUCAAUUUAGAAGGAACAAAGCUGUUGACUUAUAUUUAUGCUGAUCAAAAUUCUAAAUUCCUCAUAGGUUAAAAUUUGCUCCCAGAAACAGGAGUUACAUAUGAUGCAUUGAAAGAGCCAUAACCAGACGAAAAUGGUGAAGUCAUUUAAACUAAUAUCAUCUAUGUACAAAAUGUUGUCAAAGAGCCUAGAAUUGUAUUUCAUAAAUGGCCUAAAUUGGGUGCUUAUUAUGCAAUUCCCCUUACCUAUUAGAGUUGUCUAUAUGAACAAUCAUUUGAUUAGGGUAUCGAAUAGAGACAACAAUAUUUAAUACUUAAAGAGAAUUAAGACAAGGAAAGAUCAACAAAAGAAGCAGAAUUCGAGGAAAGACUUGAAUCUGAAGAUCCAGCAAUUAUUGAAUAGGAGAAAUAAGCGUAUUUAGCUAGUUUAGAACCCCUUUUAGAACCUUCAUUUGCCUAAUAAAAAAAGGAGUAUGUCUUUUGUAUAGAUACUCUGGGUCAGGAUAGAGAAAUACCUGAAAAUCAUAGACAAGAAAUUUUUGAUUUAGUUAAUUUGUUAAUUAAACAAUGGGAACUUUAAGAAAUUUAAUCAAUGAAGGCUGACGUCGAAUUACAAUUGCUCUAUUAAUCUAAUUUGGGAGCUCCAUUCAAAGAAGUAUUAGAAAAUUGGACUAUUGAGGAAGAAUAAUAUAUUGAUAGUCACUCAGAGAAAUUAGCAGAAUUAAAAGAAAAUGAAAAAUUAUUAGCGUAUGAGACUGAUUGUUUGAGAUUGGAAAGAUUAAGGGAGAAGUUAAGUGAUAAGGAAUUUAUUUAACCUCUGUUAAAUCUUAGUAAUUGUAGGAUUAUAAAGUUCAAUACAAUCAUCUAAGCAGGUCUAUAUUUGAUUGGAGCUAAUAAAUCAGAUAUUAAUUUGCCAGAUAAUAAUAGAUUAAAUAUAAGAAAGCUGGUUCUUGACGAGAAUCUUAUUUAAUCGAUAGUGGCCUAUAACCAUAAAGGACCUAAACCAGAACCUUAAUACAAGUGGUGUUAUGUUGAUCGAGUUUAGAAAAGAGUUGAAAAAAUCGAAUAAGAAUAAGUAGAUGCUUACAAUUUAAUUUUGGGAAGAUUGCUUAAAUUUUUAUAGUUGACAUGUAGACUAAGAAAACUUGAUAUCGAAAUCAGAAGAGAAAAUAUUGCUAAUAAAAGAAAACAAAUUGAAUAAUUGAAAGAAGAGGCCUAAAAAUUGCUAGAACAAAAAGAGUUAGCAUUAAGAGAACAUAAAGAAUAGUUAACUCCUGAAGAUUUAGAAGAAUUUAAUUAAGAAGAGUGGGAUGCUAAUUUUGACAGUGAGCAUCCAAUGCCAGAAAUACCAGAGAAUCCAGUUGACGAAAUUGAUGAUGAUUGUAUAAUGGAGCCACCUCCGCAAUGA